AAUCUCUUCUACCAACAGCCGUCGGUGCAUUUGCCGAAAGACACGCGUUCGAUCAUGAAUAGAAUCGUAUUACUUUCACUGUUGUCCUUGGCCGCGGCCGCACCGGUAAUCGUCGAUCAACGUUAUAACCAUGAGGAUUUAAUGCGGAUAGUAAGACAUUUGCAAAAUAUCAAGAGAUCGGAUCACGAGAGUUUUGGGAGUUCCGGAGAUGGUGGUAGCUAUGGUGGUGGUGACUAUUCCGGCGGUCACGGAGGUGGUGGUUUUGAAGCUUCCGCUGGACAAUUCGAGUCCGGUGGAGGUCAUUUAGACGGAGGACAUCAGGAUUAUUCUUCUUUCGGUGGAUAUGGUGGACAUGGUGGUGACGAGGGUGGUCAUGGAAUUUCUUUAGAUGGCGGACAUAAUUUUGUUCACAGCGUUCCAGUUUCAGAACACGUUGAAGUUACCAAACCAGUAGCUGUGCCGGUUGUCAAGGAGAUAGGUAUACCAGUGCCACAACCAAUAAAAAUUGGUGUUCCCCACCCAGUUGCUAUCGGAGUUCCACAACCAUACCCAGUAGCAGUACCCGUAUCAAAACCAGUACCAAUUCAAAUUGUGAAAACGGUAGCUGUACCCGUCGAAAAAAAGGUUCCAUAUCCCGUAGAAAAACAUAUACCUGUGCCCGUGGAGAAGCCAGUUCCCAUAACGAUCGAAAAACAUGUGCCAGUUCCCGUGGUCAAGCCCUAUCCCAUCAGGAUUCCUGUUUAUAAAACUAUCUACCAUCAUGCGAAGAAGGGUCAUUAAAAUGGAAUAACGGAGUGUCCUUUCGUCCUUGAAAAAUUUAUGGGCACUCCCAACAGCCAAGAUGGCGGAAAAGA